GAUGCCUUGAAGUCAGCUAUGGAGAAGAACGAUAGACCCGUUCAAGCAAAAUGUUUGCACAGCUUUGCAGAAAUUCACAAGAAAUUACAUGACUUUGAGAAAGCGUAUCCCCGUUACGAAGCUGCCCUGAACAUAAUGGUAGAGACCGGGGACCGCUAUGGGCAGAUGGAGGUCCUCAUCGGCAGGGCAGACGCCAUGAUGCUGGGCAAUAAUGUCAAAAAGGUACCAGUGAAAACUGAUCGCAUAGUGGAUCAUAGAACAUGCCCUACACGAUCCCUUUCCAUUUACAUCCCCCAACCAUCCUU